AGCUGCACGUUUUACUUACUGUACUUACAGUAUCUCCUAUCACACUGCUCUGGAUAACGACGGCUGGCCCAACUGCAGGACACAAUGGUCACAGCAGCACUGACCCUGCUGGUCCUAACAAGUGUCAGAUAUGGUUUGGCCGCUCCACUCAUUGAACCGACUGUGAGUGAAAUCAUUAUACAAAAAGGGGACCCUGUUACUUUAAUAUGCUCUGGCAAUGCAACAGUGAAGUGGAAACUUGCAACGGCUCUAAAGAAACAUAUACAACCAGGCAAUAACUCAGUGGUGCAAAUACUACAGGCUUCAUAUAAAGACACUGGAACCUACAGAUGUGUAUACAGCGACUCUGAUUCUUCAGACAGUGCAUCAGUUCAUCUUUUUGUCAAAGAUACAUCAGAGUAUUGGAAUACGCUUAAAUCGCGGGUAGUAGUAGAUGAAGACACAGAUGUCAUACUUCCAUGCCUGCUAACAGAUCCCUCAGUUCCUGAAUCCAUGAUCUCUUUAAUUUCGGAAAAAAAUCUUAAGAGAACUCCAGUACCAUCAUUCAACGCAAAGACAGGAUAUACUAUCCAUAAUGUGCAAAAGACAGAUCAAGGGACAUAUAUGUGCCAGGCUCAGGUGAACGGAAUAAACUUGAAAUCUCAGAAAAUUGAUCUUUUGGUGAGAACAGUGGCACGAAACCCACCUUCAGUUACUCUGGAAUCUGAGAAAUACAUCAGGAUUCAAGGAGAGCCGUUCCAAAUUAAAUGUACUGCAACUGGUCUUGUCAGGCCUGACAUUGAAUGGGAGCACACCACAAAAAAUGUGACUGGUAUCAUAAAAACUGACUUAUCAGAGUCCACAUGGAUCACUGUCUCCACCGUACAGAUUCCUUCAGUGGAGUUCAACGACAGUGGGAACUUCACAUGUAUAGGUAAAAAUGGAGCAGGUUCGAAAAGGACUUCUGCAAACCUCCACGUGAUAGAUAAAGGCUUUGUAAAUAUCUCAACGUCCCAACCUACCAAUAUAUCAUUAUAUUUGGGUGACAAUGUGGAGCUGAAUGUUGAUAUUGAAGCAUACCCCCAUCUUCUGUCCUGGAAAUGGCAACACAACAAUUCUGACAGUGAUGACUACUCAUUUAACAUUUCCUCACUAGGGAAGAUGCUGCCCGGUGGACCUUACAGGAACAAAAGCACACUGUCUCUAAACCGUUUGAAGGAAAAUGAGAAUGGAGCCUACACUUUUUACGCAGAUAAUUCAAAAGCCAGCUCUUUAUUGACUUUCGAUAUCAUUCUGUACAGAUCUCCCACAGUGGAACUAACCCAAGAGUUUAAUCGUUCCCAGAUGAUAUGCAAAGCAUGGGGCAUUCCACUACCAACCAUUCAGUGGCACCAAUGCGCUAAUUUAAGCUGCGCCUAUGAGGAAAUUGGCAAUGUGACCGAGACAAUAGAUAGCGAUCACGUAACAAGUGUCCUGGACCUCAUAGAAAAUAUUGGGCGUAGAAACGUUUUCUGCUUCGCUUCAAAUAUUGCAGGAAACAAAACUGAGAAAUUUGAGACGAUUGUAUUAUCUUUACCUGCAAUGGUAAUCUCGCCAAUGCACCAGUCCUCCAGCCUGGCUCUGAUGGCAGUUUCAUUAGUCGCAGUGUUCCUUGUCCUGGUCACAAUCUUUCUGCUAUAUAAAUACCAGCAGAAACCGAAGUAUGAAGUCCGCUGGCAGAUUGUUCAAGUGUCUGAAGGCAACCACUACACUUGUAUUGAUCCAACACAGCUGCCGUACAGUGAGAAAUGGGAGUUUCCAAGAGCAAAUCUGCAGUUUGGAAAAACACUGGGAGCAGGUGCAUUUGGAAAGGUGAUGGAAGCUACGGCCUUUGGAAUGGGAAAAGAUGACUCGGCCCUCAGGGUAGCUGUGAAAAUGCUGAAACCCAGUGCCCAUUCUGAUGAAGUGGAGGCUUUGAUGUCCGAGCUCAAAAUUCUCAGCCAUUUGGGAAACCACCAAAACAUUGUUAAUCUUCUGGGCGCCUGCACAAGUGGAGGUCCAAUUCUGGUGAUCACAGAGUACUGUCAGCACGGAGACCUGUUGAACUUCUUGAGAGGAAAAGCGGAAGCCAUGAACAAUAUGUUCACAGCCGGCCUGGCACAGACUACCGGAGACUACAAAAAUAUGUCUGUUGAACAAAAGUAUAUGAGCGACAGUGGAUUUGUGAGCAAAGAAAAUUCCAGUCAUAUCGAUAUGAAAUCAGUUACCUCCAACAGCAAGUCCAAGCAAGGAGAUCUCCUGGAGGAAGAAGAAGACAUGGAUGAUCAUUUACCAUUGGACCUUCAUGAUCUUUUGAACUUUUCACUUCAAGUGGCACAGGGGAUGUCGUUUUUGGCAGUUAAGAAUUGUAUUCACAGAGACGUUGCUGCCAGAAACGUGUUGGUGACACAGGGGCGCAUUGCUAAGAUCUGUGACUUCGGCCUGGCCAGGGACAUUGAGAAUGAUAGCAACUAUGUUGUCAAAGGCAAUGCUCGCCUGCCGGUUAAGUGGAUGGCCCCAGAAAGCAUUUUUGACUGUAUCUACACAGUGCAGAGUGAUGUUUGGUCCUAUGGUAUCCUUCUGUGGGAGAUGUUCUCUCUUGGUAGAAGCCCUUAUUCUGGUAUUGCUGUAAAUCGAAAGUUUUAUAAGAUGAUAAAAGAAGGUUACAAGAUGGACUGCCCAGAUUAUGCACCUAUUGAAAUAUAUCACCUCAUGAAGGCAUGCUGGGACUUGGAGCCUACACAGCGUCCAACCUUUAACCAGAUCACAGAUAUCAUCAGCAGGGAAAUGGGUAUCAUCAAAGACCAGGAAUAUGCAAACAUUACCCAGGGACAACAGGAUGAACAAUGCCCGGAUAUAAAGUGCGUGGACCUUCAGGAACCCCUCAUUAAAGGAAACAAUUACCAGUUCUGCUAGUCCUGAUACCGCCACACCGGUUUCCACAGACCAAUAACCAAGUCUACAAGGAUUGUGAGAUUGCGGCAGAACUUCCCGAUUACAUAAACUAAGUUUGGGGCAUUUUGUUUGUACCGGAAUUAAGCUAAUGACACUCUCUCUAUUCUCAAAUGUUUAGAGGAAUAUGAUAAAAUGUAGCAUUAAUGUCACAGCACUGGAAACUGUCUGAGCAUCUGUCAUUUACUGCUGAAUCAAUUAACAUAUAUUUGUAAUCUUACUGACAAUCAUUAACUGACCUAUAUAAUAUGUGUGCAGUUCCUAAAGAGUCCACUAGGAGGUUUAGGGGAUGUUAUUCCUGAAUAACAUUCCGUAAAACCACACAUAAUUUGUAUCUAAGGUGACAGUUAUGGGACCAGGAUCAGACUGAAGGACACUGUCCUACCAUUAGAUUUAAAACUGCAUACAAACCUAAAGCUGUGAGCAUAUUUGUUCAUCAUACUGAAGAUUAAAUGUUGACUGCAGAACGGGGGUGCGAGCAGAAUGCCGCUGAUUACGGUGUCACAGUAAUCUAGCUACACACACCCCCUCCAAAAGGUGACACGGGGAGUUUUCUAAAGAGGGGUUCGGUAUGAUUUACCGCCGCAAGGGAUGCCGAUUGUCAGUAUACUGACACUGGCAUCCCGAGCGGUAGAAUGUCGGCAGGGGACGAGCUCAACGAAGCCCCUUGCGGGCUCGGGCUCACCACAGGUUCUAUUCUCCGUCUAUGGGUGUCAUGGACACCCAUAGCGGGGGAAGCACCUACCUUGCCGGUAUAGCGGUGGCGGUAUGGUGCCCCCAUUGGGAUCCCAGCGUCGGUAUAGUGAAAGCCAGGAUCCCGACGAGCGGUAUGCAAGGCCUCUUUAGGGUAUGUUUAGGGUAACAUACCCUAAAGGGGACUAGUGGAAGAAUGUCCAUAGUAACCAACAACAUUUUAGCUUUCAUUUUCUAGAAAUGCACUAGGUAAAUGAUAUCUAGAAUCGGAUUGGUUGCUAUUGGCAACGUCUUCAAUUGUCCUGUUUAAAAAAUUUGAUAAAUCUCCCUCAACUAAUACAAAAAGAGAAGUAACCCUCUGUCCAAGCACGGUUAAAUGUAGCCGGUGGAAAUAAUGGGAAGCUUCACCUUCUCCCCAAAAGAUAGCAUAAACUUCAAAACAAUUCCACACUGGUGCAAUAAGCAGUCUCUCCAAAUAUUAUCAAAAUAUUCA